UGCCGGGAGGACGCAGCGCUGCCCCGCGCUGGGAUGACCCGCUGACCGCGGCCAUGCAUCCUUGACGGGGCGCGGGGACAGUCGCAGGGCGCGCCCUCCGGGAAGGACAGUGGACGCGGGCAGCAGCACUUUACCGCCGACUCUAGCCCGGCUGGGAGCGAAGCCUUUUACCAUGGAACCCGUGACCAAGUGGAGCCCCAAGCAAGUGGUGGACUGGACUAGAGGGUUGGAUGAUUGCCUGCAGCAGUACGUCCACAAGUUUGAGCGGGAGAAGAUCAAUGGUGAGCAGCUGCUGCGGAUCGCCCACCAGGACCUGGAGGAGCUGGGCAUCACGCGCAUCGGGCACCAGGAGCUCGUGCUGGAGGCUGUCGACCUUCUCUGCGCACUGAAUUAUGGCCUUGAAACCGACAACAUGAAGAACUUGGUUCUGAAAUUGCGAGCGUCUUCCCAUAACCUACAGAAUUACAUAAGUAGCCGUCGGAAAAGUCCCGGUUAUGAUGGGAACACGUCCCACAAGCCCCACAAUGAGUUCUUGACUUCCGUGGUGGAGCUUAUAGGUGCUGCCAAGGCCUUGCUAUCGUGGCUGGACCGGGCCCCAUUUACAGGGAUCACUGAUUUCUCAGUCACGAAGAACAAAAUCAUUCAGCUUUGCUUGGACCUGACCACUACCGUCCAGAAGGAUUGUCUUGUAGCAGAAAUGGAGGAUAAAGUUCUAACCAUAGUCAAGGUUUUAAACGGCAUCUGCGACAAAACAAUCCGAUCGACCACGGACCCUGUCAUGAGCCAGUGUGCGUGCCUGGAGGAGGUGCACUUACCGAACAUCAAGCCCGGGGAAGGCCUGGGCAUGUACAUCAAAUCAACCUAUGAUGGAUUGCAUGUGAUUACUGGAACCACAGAGAACUCUCCUGCAGACAGAUCUCAGAAGAUUCACGCUGGUGAUGAAGUCAUUCAGGUUAAUCGGCAAACCGUGGUGGGAUGGCAGCUGAAAAACCUGGUGAAAAAACUGAGAGAGAACCCGACCGGAGUGGUGCUCCUGCUGAAGAAGCGCCCCACGGGCUCUUUCAACUUCACUCCUGCGCCUCUGAAAAACCUGCGGUGGAAGCCGCCUCUCGUGCAGACCUCGCCUCCGCCCACGACGACCCAGUCCCCCGAAAGCACCAUGGAUACCUCGCUGAAGAAGGAAAAGCCAGCCAUCCUGGAUCUUUACAUCCCUCCUCCGCCAGCCGUACCCUACUCUCCCCGGGAUGAGAACGGGAGCUUCGCUUAUGGAGGCGUCAGCAAGUGUAAACAAGCCGUGCCUGCUGCCAAGGGCUCGGAGUCCCCAAACUCCUUCCUGGACCAGGAGAGUAGAAGACGGAGAUUCACCAUUGCCGACUCUGAUCAGUUGCCUGGGUAUUCGGUCGAAACCAACAUUCUGCCCACAAAAAUGAGACAGAAGACACCAUCUUAUGGCAAACCCCGGCCUUUGUCCAUGCCUGCGGAUGGGAGCUGGAUGGGGAUCGUGGACCCUUUUGCCAGACCUCGAGGUCAUGGGAAGAAAGGGGAGGAGGCCCUUUGUCGAUACUUCAGUAAUGAGCGGAUCCCUCCCAUCAUCGAAGAAAGCUCCUCUCCCCCAUACCGCUUCUCCAGGCCCACCAUGGAGAGGCAGCUGGUCCGAGCAGACUACAUCCGAGGCAGCAGAUGCUACCUCAGUUCAGAUCUCCAUAGCAGCGCCACAAUGCCGUUCCAGGAGGAAGGGACGAAAAAGAAAUCCGUCUCCUCCGGGGCCAAGUCCUCGUCUACAGAACCGUCCCUCCUGGUCAGCUGGUUUACUCGCCUGAAACUGUUGACUCACUGAGCCCUGCGCUCUCCAGACUCCCCGCUGCCCCUGCUCCCAAGUGCCUUGCUUCCUCAGUGGACGACCUGUUCUGAUUUUCAUGCACAGUAUUAUGUAGACACCUUUUGCAAAUUCAUUUGAUUUUAUUUUUGGAAAAUUGUAUGUCGUCCUUCUUGGAAUGUUGAAGGGAGUGGGCGGGAACAAGUCCAGAGGGUCUUAGGUGCUGGCCUGUGGAGGCAGAAGGAGGAGAUGGGUAGAAUGGGCAUUUUUUGCUUCCUUAGAGUCGGAACAUGGAGACACACUCCACAAACCAAGCCUCUGCAUAGGCGGAACUGGGGCAUUGUUCAUUUUGGGGGCAGGAGGAAAUUGGUGCCCAUUGUCACACAGAUGUGUUGGAUUGUGGUCCAACUUGUCCACCUGAAGAAGCCAGUGGAGAAAACAUUUUCAUUCUGAUUUUUCAAGCUACAUACCACAUGUGUCAGUGUAGCGGCAGCUUUGACUCUGAAACAGCGUGUUUCAGAAGUGUCUGCCGCUCUUUCCGAGCAGAGGUUUAAGUGUAGACCUGUUACACUUGGUUCAUCCCCUUUUCCUAACAACCCCCAGGUAGGUCGAUUAAUGCAGAAACACACUAAAUAGGGUUUAUUACACACAAAGAAGUGUGUGGUUCUGAGGCACGUCACUUUAUAGAUUGUUGUCUUUGAGGGCCUAGAAGCUAUGAGAUUUGCUGACAGCCAAAGUAUCAUUAAGAACAAUGAAGCGACGGGACUUAAGUUUCUGAAAGAUGCAUCAGUUUCCAUUUUGACCUGUUCGGUGUCUAUCUUCCAGAAAAGAAGGGACAGUUCUUCAAUAUUACACAUUUUGCUAAUUAGAAAUAACUUGGAAAGUCUCAU